GUAUUGGAGUGCCCCUUCCCCGUCCUCCUCUCACGCUGGCGAUGCGCGCCGCCUAAGAUUCGCUCCUGCCGGGCCACCGCCGCAUCCUACCGCCUCCCGGCUGGUUCCCCGCUGCCAGGUCGCCUCCGGCCCAGCGCCUCGGUUCCUGCCGGCCGACGAGGUCAUACACUGCUACGGCUGGAGCUCCACCGACGCGCCCAAGUUGUUGCGCCCGGGACCCCCGCCGCUCUUCACUGCCACUGCCAUCGCUUCCCAUCGGCGGCUGCCCAAAUCCCAGCACAACCCAUCUCGAGCCAAUGCCGGCGCCGCUCGCCACCUCGUGGCGCCGGCAUGCCUCCGCGGCGGCGUCCUCUUCCUCGCCCAGGACCCUCCUGCUACUCCUCCCGAUUCUCCUCCUCCUCCUCUUCGUCCUCUCCAGAGCCCCAGAUCUCACCUUCUCCCCCCUCGCCACCGCCUCCGCCCCACCCCACCUCCCCGCGCACCUCCGCCCCUUCGACUGCUACGCCUCGCCGCAGGCCUCGCCGGUCUUCGCCAGCCUCGUGGAGGGCGUGCCCCGCCCCUUCCUCUACUCCCUCGCCGACAUGGGCUCCCUCCCCGACCGCCCGCACAAGAACAUCGCCCGCCUCCUCAAGGGCAAGCGUUUCCGCAAGCCCGACAUCUCUCAGACCAUCCAAGAGCUGCUCGCCAAGGGCUCCGGUGGUGUGGUGGUCGACGUGGGGGCCAAUGUUGGGAUGGCGGCCUUUGCGGCGGCCGUCAUGGGGUUCCGGGUGGUCGCGUUCGAGCCCGUCUUUGAGAACCUGCAGCGGAUCUGCGACGGAAUGUACCUGAACCGGGUGCAGGACCAGGUGGUGGUGUAUCAUGCUGCGGCAUCUGAUCGAGUUGGGAACAUCACAAUGCAUAAGGUUAUCGGACGACUCGACAACAGUGCUAUAUCUGCAACUGGUGCUAAGUUAGCAUUUAAAUCUAAUGAAGAAGUUGCUGUGGAGGUUGCCACAAUUCCAUUGGAUGAAGUCAUUUCAGAUGCAGAUCAUGUGGUUCUGAUCAAAAUUGAUGUUCAAGGUUGGGAAUACCAUGUCCUGAGAGGUGCAUCAAAGUUGCUGUCAAGGAGGAAAGGCGAAGCUCCCUACCUUAUAUAUGAAGAAGAUGAGCGCCUGCUGCAGGCGAGCAACAGCAGUGCACAAGAGAUAAGGUCAUUUCUUGGUAGUGUUGGUUACAACCACUGUACACGGCGCGGCACAGAUGCUCACUGUACAAAAGAAUAGGCAAUACUUCUUUGCCUGGUGGUUAGGAGCCCCUAACCUGGGGAUACAUAGAACAGUCAGAUAGGAUAUCCUGAACUGUGGGUUUUCGCUUUGCUCGGGCGGCAGAUCAGAGAUUUGGAUACUUCAGAGGUUCAGAUAGUUUUCUCCCUAAUUCCAUGGUUUCCACCUAUUUCUCUUAGGUUAGUUUGUUGAUUGCUGGAUCUUGUAACAUCAUAUGCUGUAGAUGCUUUGUCUAAUUAUAUUUUGUUAUAUGCGUUGUU